AUGAAAGUUGUCCUAUUAUUUUCCCAGCUUUAUCCUAAUUUCCGAAUAGCCGAGCUACAAGGCAUAUGCGAUGGAUUGAAUAUAAACUUCGACGUCUCUCAAAUUGACACUAAGGGUCCUCUGUUCCUGGUGGAUGUGCAGAGUGAAGACGACGUAAGGAAGUUGCUGUCGCGAUCUCUUCUUCUAAAAUCGGCUUAUUUUUAUAUGUUUAUGAGCAACUCUUAUGAAGGUUUAAGUAACGAGAUUACCAGCCAUGAGGAGGUCUUUGAGAAUUUCGAUCAUCCAAGUAAAUCCUUCUCUGUAGUGGUACGUCCUGUUGGUCGGAGGAAAGGCGUAAAUUGUGUGAAAAUGGCUUCGGAAUUUGCUUCAAUACUGCCGCUGGAUGCUGCACCUGUAGAUUUGAACAACCCCGAUAACACUUUUACUGUUUUGGAAGAGUUUGCCAGUGCCGAUGCUUUGGAACCAAAUCAGCUUUUCUUUUGCAGAUUGAUUAGCCAUGGUCAGGCCAAAUUAAAAACGCUCUAUGAUAUAAAGAGACGGCUCUACAUUGGGAACACAACUAUGGACCCAGAAUUGGCCUUUAUUCAGCAAACACUUCUAACUGUUUUUGAAGGUGGUUUGUUACUUUCUGCUGCUGAAUUUGGUGCUUACACUCUUGGAACGGAGAUUAACUAUCAGAUUGCUAAGGCCGUUGGGAAGUCCUCAAGACAUGGUGUUUCCAUGCGCUCUACGAGGGAAAGCGUCAUGGCGAACUUCGAGCAGUAUGGCACUGAUCGUUGCUUCCUGACACCAUAUGGAAUUCGCGAGAAAGGUCGAAAAAUCGGAAAGAAACCAAGAGGAGACCACUGGACUUUGUCAAAGGCUGAAUGCGAGUACCACUUUCCCGAAAAACAGCCGUAUUCAUUGGAGAGCACAUUCAUUGAUUUGUGUGAUCUCGCUGCAAAAACACUACUGAUUGGAUCUAAACUGUCUUUCUGGUUUCCCACAAUCAUUGACAGCUAUUCGGAAGAUUGUCUACCUGUACACCCAGCAUUAAGACUGGUUGCAAAUUGUGAGCAACGUCUCUCUCGUAAAACUAGCAGGCGAUUGUUGGUUUACCAGAAAUAUCGUGAAGCUCUACCUGAUGAGCGAGCAUGGUGUCCUGCCAGUCACUUUCAGAAUGCGAGCUUUCGAGAUGUUACAUUUACACCGAGGCUGGCUCUUUAA